GAUACUCGUUCUUCUCUACUGAAUACACGGAUUUCUGUUAAUAUACCUUAUCAACAAGGGAAAAGAAAAAGAAGAUUAAUUAUAAACUACAAAGAAAAAGGUGUUUCUGUUACCCAAUAGUGAUCUAACCAAGAGAAAGAUGAAGAAAGAGGUGGCGCUUGCAGUAGUGACCACGACAGCUGCAACAGUUGUGGUGGUGGUGACUCUGGUGAGGCAAUAUUGGAAGCAAAAAAAGGACCGACAAUGGAAGAAAUGUCAACAAAUUAUCCGUAUAUUUGCAAGGGAAUGUGCAACUCCGGUCCCCAAGUUAUGGGAAGUGGCUAAUGCCAUGGUAUCUGAUAUGGAAGCCUCACUUUCUUCAGAUGAAGCAAGAAGUUGCCUCAACAUGCUUGUUUCCUACGUCUCUCCUCUUCCCACGGGGAAUGAGCAGGGAAUGUAUUAUGGGGUGAACUUGAGAGGAACGGAUUUUUUGAUGGUGUGUGCGAGGCUUGGAGGCAAAAAUGAGCCUAUUUCUGAUUUCUAUAAAGAGGAGAUUUCUCUUCCCUCAAAUGUCAUGCUGGGAACUUCACAGGAAUUAUACGAUAUCAUAGCCGUGGAGCUAUCAAAAUUUAUCUCGGCUCAUCCCGAGAACAAUGAUGAAACAGCAGCAAAUGACAAGAAACUGGGGUUUACCUUGUCAUAUGCAGCGAACCAAGCUGCAGCCACCUCUGGCGCUGCUAUUAAAUGGAAAAAUUUCUCUGCUGACGACAUAGUUAAGGGAGGAAAGGAACUGGUUAGCGAAAUCAAUCAAGAUCUGGAAAAACACGGCGUAAAUAUGCGUGUUCAUGCAUUAGUUGAUGACACUGUUGGAGAUUUAGCUGGUGCUAGAUACUAUAAUAAGGAAAGUGUGGCUGCAAUUUGCUUAGGAAUGGGCACAAAUGCUGCUUACGUAGAUACAGCCCAAUCAGGCCCCAUAUGGCGCGGCUCAUUAUUGCCAAAUUCAGGCGAGAUAGUUAUUAGCAUCGAAUGGGGAAACUUCAAUUCCUGCCAACUUCCUAUAACUCAGUUUGAUGCUUCUUUAGAUGCUGAAAGUUCGAAUCCUGGUAGCCGGAUCUUCGAAAAGCUGAUUUCAGGAAUGUAUUUGGGAGAAAUUGUAAGAAGAGUUUUAGCUAAGAUGGCAAAGGAAACGGCCCUGUUUGGUGAAACUGUACCUCCAAAACUUCUGAUUCCCUACCUGCUAAGACCGCCAGAUAUGGCUGCAAUGCAUCAAGAUACAUCAGAAGAUCGUGAAGUUGUGCAUGAAAAACUCAAGGAAAUAUUUGGGAUCACCAAUUCUACAGAAAUGGCAAGAGAAAUUGUUGCAGAGGUAUGUGACAUCGUAACAGAACGCGGAGCCCGUCUGGCUGGAGCAGGCAUUGUGGCCAUUACAAAGAAGCUUGGGAGAAUAGCCAACAGAAGGAGUGUUAUUACAAUAGAAGGCGGGCUUUAUGAGCACUACAGAAUCUUCAGAAAUUAUCUUCACAGCAGUGUUUGGGAAAUGCUUGGGGAUGAGCUCUCAGGCAACAUAAUAAUUGAACAUGCUCAUGGUGGCUCUGGAGCUGGUGCUCUGUUUCUUGCUGCUUCUCAGAAUCCCGACUCCUGAUUCCUAAUGCAAUUAUACCUGAUUUUCUCAGUGUACAUGUUUUCUAAGCAUGCAAAAAACAGUAGUUCCUUUUGGUGCGUAAUUGUUCUUUUUCACUUUU